AGAGAAACUCCACCUUAAAAAAGCAUCAACCAUAAAACCUACUCCACUGAAAACGUUCUACAAUCUAGCAGACGACAUUGACUAUUCAAGAGAAGCCGCUCCGAGACUGUCGGCGGAUGGGGCAAUAUCUGAUAAGAUUGAGCUGGACUAUUUCAGAUAUCUUCAAAACUUACAGUUCGACUGCCGACACCGGAUUAGAGCAGGAACCGGGGAAUCAGGAGACGGUGGCUGGGAGAUGUGCCUUGACCCGCCAUACAAUAUGAAACCGGGAAAAUGUUUAGUCUACUCCUUUGGCAUCAGUACUAACUGGUCUUUUGACGACUAUAUGGACAAGACCAGAAAUUGUACAGUGCACUGUUUUGAUCCAAGUAUAGGAAAAAAGGACUUUAAGCGUUCCCCAAACAUAUAUUUCCACAAUCUGGGUAUAUCUGGACGCAACGAAACCAAUGGUAAAAAGUGGCAACUUUACACACUGGGAUCCAUUAAGCGACUUCUAGGACACGAAAACGUAAGUCAUGCAUUGGUUGAAAUGUCCCAGGCAUUUCACGUCUCCUUGUUCUAAACCAACUUAAAUGAUAUAUGACAUACAUGUACAUGUACAUGUGGGAAAUAAAAUAAUAGGACAAACUCAAGUAU